AGCGUUCGUCGUAUAUUUCUCAAUACUCUCGGCGUUUUUUUGGAGGAACAUCAUGUGUUACGAUAUUUGGUGGACGUUCAGGUAUGUUUGGCAUAAGAUGUUAAGAAUAGUUUUGUAUACUGCGCUGUAUUUAUAACGAAAAUCAAUCGAAGAUUGUCUACAAACAGCACGAAGCACCAGUCAACCCUAAUUGAUAAUCCUUUUCUGUGUCAUGUUACAGUUGCAAACGGGCGUUCUCAAGUCGAGGUCGCAACGCUUCAACCCGCACUCGCUUCAACCUCUACAGCGCUUACGCAUUCGGAGCACCAAUGGCACUUACAGUUCUGCUCGGUGCAUUCGAAUUUUCGACCAUUCCACACAUACACCCUUUGAUGCCUAACCUGAGAUUACAGGGAUGCUUCUUGUAUGGCUACAGCAAGCUUCUAUAUUUGUAUGGGCCAAUAAUUGUGCUGUUCAUAAUCAACAUUAUAUUUUCUACACUUACCGCAGUCAAGAUAUCAGCCAUCAAGAAGGAGACCAAAAAUGUUCUGCAGUCAAAUGAGAGUUCCACUCAUGAUCAGCAGAAAGCCACACGACGAUUUUCUCUAUACCUCAAAUUGUUCGUGGCGACAGCGUUUCUUGAGUUCAAUUGGAUCCUAGAAGUCAUCGCCGUGUUUGCUCCUGACAUCACACGCUUGCUGCAUAUCUCAGACAUUUACAAUGUUCUCGCCCCUUUAGUCAUCUUCAUCAACUUUAUGUGUCAGAAACAGACUUGGAGGAUGAUGAAAAUGAGAUACAAUCAAAUGAAAGGACUACCGAGCACUUUUAUGCCAAAAAGUGGUACACAAACUACUCAAACCCAAAGUCAGGAUGAAACUGAUAGUCAAGUGAAACAGAUUUAG